AUGGUCAAGCUUACCGAAGUCGAGGAUGAGCACUUCUCCCAGGAGAAGCCUCAGCCCAGCAAGCACAACGUCCUUCUUACCUCGGACGACGAGGAUGAGGACGACUACACUGACACCGAAUCCGAGAUCUCCGUUGAGUCUGACCUUGAGCUCGACACCGAGACCUUCUACGACCGUCUCUAUGCCUUGAAAGACAUUGUUCCCCCCUCCACCCGCCGCCAGUUCACCAGCACUGUCGACGCCGUCACCUCCUUCACAAAGUCCAGCGUCCUCUUCAGCGGUAAGGCGCUGUGGAUCCUCAGCACCAGCGCCUUCCUUCUCGGUGUCCCGUGGGCUCUGGCCUACGCCGAAGAGGAGCAGUACAUCCAGAUGGAGCGCGAACAGGGCAUGAUCAAGGGUGCUAACGAGAUGCUUACGCCCGGCCUCCCUGCUGGUGAAGAGAAGCCGGCUCAACCCUCCCUGUAA